UCUUUUUAGGUUGCAUUUGUUGGCCACCAUGGUUGCUACUAUAAUAGCACCGAGUAUAAAAUUUGAGAAAACCUAUGUGUACCCUAGCUUGAAAAAUGAUAUUGCAUCUAAUCUUUUGUGUGAAUUUGUAUUCUUGAACAUGAAGUACUUGAUUUCUAGGGCCUCUCAAAUUUAAUUACCCUCGACUGCGAACUUACAACCACCUAUAUGGUUACCUACAUUCGCGUGUCUAGAAUUAAUUCGAUGAUUCUCUAGUGGUCCAAGUUAGCAUUUAAUCUUUAAUAUCAGAAAUACGUGGCCUAGAUUUGCACUAGCAUGUAUUCCAGAUGGGUUAAACUUAGACUAAGGUUUAGUGCUAUGUGCAGGGCUUCAUAACACCUUAAACUCAAUUGAGGCCACCCAAAGUGCUUCUUGUGUGAAACAGAAACCUGAGUGCAAGCCAAGCUUGAUAGCAUAUGUUCAAGAUUAACCUAGUUUCGUCAGCUGAACCUAGCUUGAACAAGCUUGUUACUGAGCCAAGCCAAAUUUCAAACAUGCAAGCCCUGAUCGUUUACAAGUCAAGUUUUACAUAAUAUUCGAGAUGAGAUCGUUAGCUUUAAAUAAUGUGCUUUCUCAUUAGCUGAAUCGACAUCAAGAUAUCAAUCCCUUCCAUUACUCCUCGGUUCGCUAAUGUGGACAUAGCAGCUUUGUAGAGGGAGAAGUUGCUGUCGUGCCAUGGCAAUAAGAGGCUGAGGCAAUGACAAUGGCCUCAUGAUGCACUACUUGGUGUUCGGUUUGGGACAACUCUUUAUCAGGAAAAGAAUGUUUGGCAAAUUAUUCGAAUUCUAGAUGCAAAUAUAUGAGGUAGAAAAUAGGUUGAAUAUGAGUCUUUGUUCCAACAACACUCUUGCUUACCCUAGUAAUAAUCGACUAUUAUUUUUCUGAAAAGUGCUGCGCAAGCACCACCAAUUUAUCAAGAUUAUAAAGUGGUUACAAGGAGAAGAGUGGAUGAUCUUAAGGGAAGAAGGAAGCAAAAGGAGAGAGAUGGAGAGAAAAAAAAUAGAAAGAGAAGAAGAAGGGAAAUAAGAGGAACAAGGCCACCCAAGAGAGACUGACCCUGCCCUUUGAUUCUUUCGACUCCCCCUACAGCUGGGUUUGCUAGUUCAUGCCUGAAUAGCUUGCCAACUAUCCAACCAAGCUGGGAAGAGACAUGAACAAGAUGGCUUCUACACUGCAAGUGAAGUCGGAAAUCUCUGAAACUUAUGCACCGAGAUCGGCAUGGCAUGCAUACCUCUAGCGCUGAAACAAGACAAAACUACUACUCUUGCGCAAUAAACUCAACAACAUGCUAAACCCAAACCAUCUGCUUUAAGGCAAGUCUCCUUAUGUGAUAAGGAUUAGUGUACACACAUCGCACUAAUCACUGAUAGAACUACUAUAGAUAUACCAUACUUCCAUAUGUAUAUAAACCCAAGACUUGAGGUCUCUUAAUAAGGCAACCCUCAUCAUUUGCAGUUGUAGGGAUGAUAGGUGCAGUUGGAUCCAUGAUUGCUUCCUUUGUACCUAGACAUAAUAAUACAAAAGGCCUUCAAGAUCAAAUUUAUUUAACAACACAUAAUCAAUAAAAAAAAGGAAUAAAAGUUCAAGGAUUAUAUUCAAUGUAAAUAUUAAAUAUCAAUAAACUAAUAUAUAUUAUGUCCAUCACCCUUAAAACACCAAAUAGAGAGAAACGUAAGUGUAAAUCAUCCAUGAAAAAUUUGUACAAGUCAAAGUUUUUAUUGCUAUUAAAAAGAAAUUCUCUACAACCUUAAGUUCAUGAGAACAUAGGUUCUCCUCGGAAGAAGAUAUGGACGUAGGUCGCUUUGUGGGAUCAAAGAGGUAUCCAUUCUUAAUGAUAUGGCUCUUCAAUUCUCAUGAUUUAUGCCUAUAGCUUUGUCUCUAACCAAGGAUGUGCCCAAGCUUAUAAUCUAUUGGAUCAAUGGAGCUUCUAAGGAGAGAAGCAAGUAGAACAGAAGGGGGAAACGAAUUUAUCAUCAUGGGAUUCAAAAAUCCUGAUUGUGGCCCUGAACAAGAGCUUCAAUGAGAAGCGGUUAAGAGUAAGAGAGAUGGACACAUGGAAAUGGUGAGGCCUGAGGGGGAGAGAAGCACAGUUCUGAUAAGGGUUUUAUGGCUUGGGUAAAAAAGUUAUAGAGAGAGGAAGAUGUUGAUUAAGUUUAACGAGAGAAACAACCUCUUUGUUUUCUUCUUUGAAUGGAUGACUGUAUUUUUUUCAAAAAAUAUGAAUUAAAUCAAAGUUUAAUGGAGUAAUUAUUGCAUUUAUAAAUAAAUUUAAUAUAAAUUAGUGUAUUAAUGAGAUAAAAGAUUUAAAUUAUAAGGAGAUAUUAAAGGAAUGUACAGUUGACUUGAUCGUGAACAUGAAUUAAGAAAAAAUAUGAUGGUCAUUUUAAAUUAUAUAAUAAAAAAUUAAUGAUACAGAUAACACAUUAUUCAUGCUAAUCAAAAGGCAAAUGAGUUAGUAAGAGAAAUCAAUUAUAAAAUAAGAGUAAUGAUAGAAACAUAACUCAUAAUUCAUUCUAAUUAAUAUAAAUUUGAGAGUUUAUAAAUGAAGAAAUUUGUGUUUAAGAUAUUUUCAGUGAUCAAAUUAGAGGGGAUAGUUUAGACAUCUCUUAAACCUGAAAUAUUUGCUAUAUUAGUCUUUAUAAAUGGCAUGGUAUUUAAUAGUUACUAUAUUUGGUCGAAUGAAAAAUCUUGCAUGAUAUGAAUUCAUAGCACAAAAAUUGAUCAUAAGUCUUUAUCAUUCUUUAUGGUUCCUUCCCCAUAUUUAUACAAAGACUUUGAACCCUCCAAACUAUUUUGGUGAAAAUGAGCAUCACGCAUUUAUCAUUUAGGAGCACUAGAUUAUAUAUAUUAGUCUUCAUAAACGGCAUCGUAUUUCAUUGUUACUAAAUUUGGUCCAAUGAAAAAUCUUGCAUGAUAUUUUGUUACACUCUAAAUAAAUUUUUACACAUAUAGCAUGAAUUCAUGGCACAAAAAUUCAUUGUAAGUCUUUGUCGUUCUGUAUGGUUUCUUUCUCAUAUUUAUAGAAAGACUUUGAAUCCUCCAAACUAUUUUGGUGAAAAUGAGUAUCUCACAUUUAUCAUUUAGGAGCACUAUAUAUUAGUCUUCAUAAAUGGCAUGGUAUUUAAUAGUUAGUAAAUUUGGUCUAAACAAAAAAUUUUGCAUGGUAUUUUGAAUCCUCCAAACUAUUUUGAUGAAAAUGAGCAUGACGCAUGUAUAAAUAGAGUUUGAAAAGCCUAUUAUUUUUAUUUUCCUCCCCUGUUAUCACUCCCCAUCUUCUCAGAGAGGAGAAGAGGAAUGGAGAAGAAGAGGGUGGGCAUCAUUGGGGCGGGCAUCAGUGGGCUGGUGGCAUGCAAGCAUGCACUGGAGAAGGGCUUCAACCCCAUGGUGUUCGAGGCUGACACCGAUAUUGGUGGCGUGUGGCUGCACACCCUGGAGUCCACGAGGCUUCAGUCACCUCGGCCAACAUACGAGUUCUCCGACUUCCCGUGGCCGGAGAACGUCACGGAGGUGUACCCGCACAACACCAAGGUGAAGGAGUAUCUUCGCUCGUAUGCUCUCCACUUUGACCUUCUAAGGCACAUCAGAUUUAAUGCAAAGGUGGUAGGGAUUGAGUACGUGGGGGUGUCCGAGGAGGAGAUCAUGGCCUGGGACUUAUGGGCCGGGAACGGCGAGGCUUUCGGUGGCAGCGGCAGCGGAAAGUGGCACAUCGCAGUGGAGCAUGGAGAGGCAGAUGGGAGCACGGAGGUAUAUCAUGUGGACUUUGUGAUCCUCUGCGUUGGACGAUUUAGCGGCAUCCCAAAUAUCCCCACAGUUCCAAUAAAUAAGGGGCCGGAAGUAUUUAAAGGCCAGGUGAUCCACUCCAUGGACUAUUCUAUGAUGGGUGGCACUAGAGCCACCGAAUUAAUCAAAGGUAAAAAGGUCACAAUAGUGGGAUUCCACAAAUCAGCAUUGGACAUCGCUAUGGAGUGUGCAAAUGUAAAUGGGGCGAAGAACCCAUGCAAUAUGGUAUGCAGGACUAAGCACUGGCAUCUAGACGACUACUAUGCUUGGGGAGUUCCUCUUGCUUUCUUCUAUCUUACUCGCUUCUCGGAGCUUCUUCUUCACAAACCUGGAGAAGGAAUCCUACUUGGCGUUUUGGCUACUCUUUUGUCACCACUAACAUGGCUUAUAUCUAAGUUUGCUGAGAGCUACUAUAAAUGGGCGAUUCCUAUGAAAAAAUUUGACAUGGUACCAGACAUGAGCUUCUUUCAUGACAUACUUUCUUGUAUGACUGCACUGCUGCCAAAAAAGUUUUAUGAUAAAGUGGAAGAAGGGAGCAUUGUUCUAAAGAAAUCCAAAACCUUCAGUUUCUGUAAGGAUGGGGUGAUCAUUGAUGGUGCAACCGAACCUAUAGAGGCUGAUGUUGUAAUCUUUGCGACUGGAUACAAGGGUGACCAAAAGCUUAGGGACAUCUUUGUAUCGCCUUCCUUUCAAACGAUUGCAGCGGGUUCAUCGACUACGACGGUCCCUCUCUACAGGGAAUGCAUUCAUCCUCGGAUUCCGCAAUUGGCUAUUCUCGGGUACUCGGAGAGCUUGGCAAAUCUAUAUACAUCGGAGUUGUGUUCCAAAUGGCUGAUACAUUUCCUUGAUGGUGGUUUCCGACUGCCGAGCAUAGGAUCGAUGGAAGAGAAUGUGAAGGAAUGGGAGAAGUUCAUGAAGAGAUACUCUCGGGAUAAAUUCCGGAGGUCGUGCAUCGGAUUUCUGCACAUUUGGUACAAUGAUCAGCUGUGCCGAGACAUGGGAUGCAAUCCAAAGAGGAAGAAGGGGUUCCUGGCAAAUUGGUUCCUUCCUUAUGGUCCUUCAGACUAUGCUAAUCUUCAAUUCGAAGCCAAAUGAGAGUGUUUUCUAUUGUAAGAUUAGCAGUACUUUGCUUACUCUCUCUAUCCCAUUCCGUGUGAAGUAUUAACUGUUUGAUUAUGUAAACUUAUUUCACUAUGAGGAGAUAGUAUACAAAAUCUAUGGUGGAUCCAAAUUGUUUGCACUCAUAAGAUCCAAGGAAUUAUUAAGAAAUCCCAUGGGUUGGCCCGGGGUCAUUAUGGUGACUGGCCUGAGUCCAGAAGGCCUUAUUUUCCUGGAUCCUACAAGAAUUUUCCUUUUUAAUAUCAGUGUGUUUCACUUUUGUUUUC